AUGUAUCACGAAGGAGGACGGGAAGUCACCGAAGAUCUGGUCGACCAACUUGCGUUUGGCUAUGGUGGCUUCCAUGUUGAACGGCUCGAGAAGGUGCGAAAGGUUGCAGACGGCAGCUUCCAAGUCUUGGUCAAGUGGUUGGGCCUUGAGGAAGACGAAUCGUCGUGGGAGUUGGCUAAAAACCUACUAGAAGACAUCCCGGUAGUGUUUCGCAAGUGGUGCGAGUCCAAGAGGCAAGAUCGUACUGUGGGUGCUAUGAUGAAGAGCGUGGGCCUUGCAUAG